AUGACGGGGUCGGGUCUCGAAAACCAUCUCGACCCGACCAGCGGCAAGGCAAACGCCAGUAGCGCGCACCAUCGACGGCGCCAACUUCUCAAAAUCCAACCCCGGAAAACGCGGCGGCCAGUCAGAGUGCAGCUGUUGUCUCCCGCGUCGAUAUGGGGUCGCGCGAGCCGUGUUCCCCCACACGCGCCGCAAGAAAACAAGCGUCGAACUCGUGAGACAUGCUCGUCGCUGGCCGGCCAUGUUGGGCAUCGACAGCUCACCUGCCGCCGUCGUGACGGUCGUCCUUGGUUUGACGACAAUCGCCAUAGCGCUCCGCUAUGUCUCAGCGCGCAAGCUGCAUCCAGACGAGCCGACGGUCCUCCCGCCAUGGAUACCCUUUGUCGGUCACCUGCUGGGCAUGGCGCUCGAGGGCAGCCGCUUCGUCACUCGAGCAAGCCCAUUUUCACUCUCCCGGUUCCCGGGUCGCGUAUAUAUGUCGUCACGGAGCCUUCGCUGGCUGCCACCGUCCAACGGAGUGCCAAGACGCUAUCCUUCACGCCUCUCGUGCCAGACAUAACGCAGCGGGUGCUCGGUCUGGACAAGGAGACUGUAAAAGUGGUCCGCCAGAAUCUCGAUCCUGAGCCUGGGGAGCCAAGGGGAUUCCUUGCCGACGUCCACGAUCUAGUGUAUGGCUUGCUUGGCCCAGGGGAGUAUCUCAACUCCUUGAGUUGUGAGGCCAGCCAGGAGCUGUGUCUGCAACUGGAUGAAUAUGCGACGUCUAUCAUUGAGCAACCUGAACGUAAAGGGCACGCGGUCGAUCUCCUGGGAUUUGUCCGUCACAUCGUCACCGUCGGCACUGCCAAGUAUUUCUAUGGCCCCCGGAACCCAAUCGCCGUGGAGCCUGACCUCGAAAAUGCCUUUUGGGAUUUCGACCACGGCUUGGGCGGCUUGAUGAUAGGCAUUCUGCCGUCUCUGACGGCGCGAAAGGCUUUCCGAGGACGCGAAGCAAUGGUUGCGGGACUCAUCAGAUACAUCGAAGCUGGUUAUGAAGCGGACGCAGCGCAAAUCGUCAAGGGCCGGAUACGAAUCGAACGUCAGUAUGGGUUUAACACCGAGAUGAGUGCUCGCUCGAGCCUGUCCUUCUUCUUUGCCGGUGUCGUCAACACCACUACGACGACAUUUUGGGCCGCAUUACGCCUUUUUGCAGACGAGUCGCUGUUACGUGCGGUUCGCUCAGAGAUUCAGGCGGCCUUGGCUUUGAGUGAAGAGACGACAGGGCCUGCGACUCUGAGUCUUGCUAUCCUGAAAGACAAGUGUGUCACUCUGCUGGCAGUCCUCCGGGAGAGCCUUCGCGUCGGGUCCGAGAACUUUUCCGUUCGGCUCGUCAAGGAGGACAUGCGACUUGGCGGCAGGUACUUUCUCAGGAAGGGCUCCGUCGUGCAGAUUGCCGGCGGCGUGAUACACGCGGACAAGACCAUAUGGGGCGACGACGUGGACACCUUUAACCCCCAGAGGUUCCUCACGGCCAAGAGUGGUUCUGGCAUUCAUCCUGCGGCGUUCCGUGGCUUCGGCGGUGGCAAGACACUGUGCCCGGGGCGACACUUUGCGACUACAGAGAUUAUGGUGUUUGCGGCCAUGAUUGUGCACUCGUUCGACAUGUUUUCCGCAGACGGUGGACCCGUCCGGGUGCCGGUCAAGAAUGAUCGUGUCAUGCCGGUGCAUGUUUUGGAACCCAAACCUGAGGACUGCCCCGAGGUAGUGCUAAAACCGAGAGCUGAGGCGACCAUGCUCAAGACGCUCCAGAUUGUCGUAUAG